AAUUUUGGCCCUCUUGGUUUGCCAUAGGGGACAGCAUGGCGGACAUGCAUGUGUAUCCUCAAAACAAAUUGCAUCGAUUGUCUAGUUAACCCGCCGCCCGAAACAUCAUAGCCGCGCGUGAAGUCGGGACUGUGGUGCCCGAAAAGACACCAGAAUGGACGAAGAAAACAAACUUCAGUUUCCGUCAAUGCCCGCGACCAAGGAGGAGCUUCCGGACUGGGCUUAUCCAAUGCGACGAGAAAUGCAGGAGAUUUUACCAGGACUGUUUUUAGGUCCCUACUCUGCUGCAAUGAAAAGCAAGCUGCCAAUUCUUGAGAGACACGGCAUAACGCAUAUUGUGUGUGUCCGCCAAGAUAUUGAAGCCAACUUCAUCAAACCUAAUUUCCCUCAUACAUUUAGGUACCUUGUGUUAGAUAUUGCUGACAAUCCAGUGGAAAAUCUAAUCCGCUUUUUUCCUAUGACUAAAGAAUUUAUUGAUAGCUGCUUAGCAACAGAAGGAAAGGUACUAGUUCAUGGCAAUGCAGGGAUAUCAAGAAGUGCUGCCUUAGUGAUUGCAUACCUUAUGGAAACAUUUGGGAUGAAAUACAGGGAUGCAUUCAGCCACGUCCAGGAGAGGAGGUUUUGCAUCAACCCCAAUGUUGGCUUUGUGCAUCAACUCCAGGAAUAUGAAGCAAUCUAUCUUGCCAAAUUGACCAUUAAAAUGAUGUCACCAAUGCAGCUGGGCAGGUCGUUCUCUCUACAAGCUGGAAUGCCAGGAAGCCGCAAACGCAGCCUGGAGGAAGAUGAAGAUUUUGGGGCAAUGCAGGUCACAACAGCACGAAAUGGAUGAGUUUUGCUGAUAUUAAGAUGUGUGGCAAAGUGCACUCUUCUUUUUCUUUUUUUUUUUUUCUUCUUCCCUUUUUUUUUUAUUUUACAUUUUUAAUGGGAUUAAAAAUGUAAAUAUUUGAACUUUUUCUAAGGGGAAGGAAAAUGGUGGGAGGGUAACCACUCAUGUCUGAGACAUGAAGUACUGAUGGACAUGGGGCAAAUUUGAUAACUCCAUUUUUGUUUUUUGUUUUUUUCUCUCCUUGAGCUGAAUGCACUGAUGGAAGAUUUUUUGCAGUUUUAUAGUAUUUAAAGCAUUUUGCAUUUGCAGCGGGACAGUAUUGCAAUAAUGCACUUUCGAUACUUGAAUUAGUGUAGAUGACCAGAAGGGCGAUGCUGGCAAAAGGGAACGUAGGCAGAACCAUGCCCAGCUGAAGACAUCAGAAGAGGAAUAGUUAUGCCUUUCUUUUGAAAGUAAUGGAAUAAUGAACUAAUAUCAGGCUUAACGUGGGACAGUCAGGAAUGGAAAAUUAAUAACUCACUGCUUAAUAAAAAUAAGUCCUGAGUACUGUU